UUCAAAACAGUCUCUUUAUGAAAUUUGAAUAGUGAAUACUUUUUCUUGGCUUUAACAGCCUCUGGUUGAAUAUAGUUGUCCCAUUCAAAAUAAAAGGAUGAAAAUAUUUGAGACAAUCAACAUAAAUUGUAAUAUUGUUACUGUUUAUUUUUCUCACUAAUAAAUGGAAUUAAUAUUGACUAAGAAAAUGCAAGUAAUAUCUUAAAAAUACAAAUUAAAUAUAUAUUUAAGUUAAUAAAAUAUAUAUUUAAGUUAAUAUAUUUAAGUUAAGUGUUACUUCAGGAAAUCUGAUUAGAAUAACGCUAAAAAAUGGUAACCUAUGAAGAUUUUUAACAAGGUGAUGUACUGUUUAUACUCUAUUAUUACACUGAUUAACAGUCUGACCUUAGCAAACAAAAUACAGGUAGUCCUUAACUUACGACCCCAAUUGAACCCAGAAUUUCUGUUGUUAAGUGAGAAACGUGUUAAGUGAGUUUUGCUCCAUUUUUUGACCUUUCUUGCCACAGUUGUUAAGUGAAUCACUGCAGUUGUUAAGUUAUUAACACAGUUUUUAAGUGAAUCUGGGUUUCCUAUUGACUUUGUCAGAAGGUCACAAAAGAUGAUCACAUGACCCCGGGAUAAUUUGCCAAGUGUCUGAAUUUUGAUCAUGUGACCAUAAGGAUACUGCAACAAUUGUAAAUGAAAAAUGAUCAUGUCACUUUUUUCAAUGCUGUUGUUUCUUUCAAUGGUCACUAAAUGAGCUGUUGUAAGAUGAACACUACCUGUAACGUAUAGUAUAUAUACUGCUCAAAAAAAUAAAGGGAACACCUAAACAACACAAUGUACUGUAUUUAAUAAGAAUAUUUCAUUCCUUCAGAUCUAGGAUGUCUUACAGUAUUUUUGUGUUCCCUUUAUUUUUUUGAGCAGUGUAUAUAUAUAUAUAUAUAUACAAACACAAUUGAAAUAUCCAAACCAAAGCCCACUUUUAUCUUCACCAAAGCAUUCUUCAUUGGAAUCUUAACUCUUAAAGAGUCCAGUAAACUCAUUUUAAUCAGUUAGGUUCCUCAUACAAGAUCCAGUUUUCUCACACAAAUCACAUAUCAAAUGAAGUAGCUAGUCAGGUUCAUAAAACCUUGGGGAAUAUAGAUUAUGUGGAUCAAUUUCAAACGUAUUACUGGUCUGGUUUGGGUAGCAAAAUUGCCUUGAUCAUCCAACAGAUUACCUCUACCAUGUGAGUAUAACUUUAUUGAUCCUCCUGGAUCACUUAGCAAAUAUAUGAAGCCAUUUAGUAAAGUUGUAUUGGGUGCCAUCAGUAUGCUUACACCAGUGGUGGGUUGCUCCUGGUUCACUCCGGUUCUGGAGAGCCGGUAUUAAUGGCUAGCUGGCCAUGUCCCCAAACAGGCUCCCCGAUCAUCAGAGGUUUGUUUGUUUUUAGUUUUAAAAGAAUCUUUUCUGCAGCCAAAAAAAGGCUUUUAAAAGUUUAAAAAAAAACCAACCCUCUGAUGAUCGCGUGGCUGAGCAAGGAUCAUCAGACCCUUUAAUUUAUUUAUUUUUUACAACAUCUUCAGCCGAAGAGAUUUUUAAAAUAAAAGGUUUUAAAAGGCUCCUCUGGCAGUCCCAGCUGAGUUAAGAGCUUCUGGGCUGCAAUUAGGCAACUUCAACUGGGAUUGUCAGAGGAGCCUUUUAAAAUCUUUUUUUCCUCUGGCCCACCCAAUCCCCCUCUCCUCACUUACCUCACUACAUUUUCUUUCUGGCUGGCAAAGCCAUGCUUUAUAUCAGCAACUGAAUCUGCCUGCCUGGAAUCCAUCUCCUCAGUGAGCAACUGCUUUGCUGGCUGAGGAACUCUGGGAAUUGAAGUCCACAAAACUUAAAGUUACUAAGGUUGGAGGCCCCUGAUUUAAAAAAUAAAAAUAAAAUAAAAAUAAAAUAUUUGUGCAGCUUUCUGAGAUUUGGUGUGUUUCUGUAGUGUUUCACUCUAACUACACAAACACCCAAAAUCUCACAAAGCUGUAUGUGGCUUUUUGUGUGUGUGUGAGAGAAAGAGUCUGUUGUGUUGUGUGUGUGUAGUGUGAAAGUUGGUUUUUGAGCUUUUUGUGGCUGUGUGAGGUUCCUGCUUGUUGCAGGGGCCAUUUUGGCUGAAGUGCAGCUUCUUUUACAUUGUGUGUUGUGUUGUGUGUGUGUCCCUUCGCAAGGACUUGGAGGCAGCUCCUCUGACGAAAAGAGGAGGCGGCGAAGUUCUGACUGUCCCCCAGGAGAAAUCGCCCUCUCUCUGCAGCAUUGGUCAUGUGACUGAGUGGGCGUGGCCAACUUGAUGUCACUCAUAGCAAGGUGCCGCCCCACCUUGCCCUGAGUGACUUCAAGUUGGCCAUGCCCACUCAAUCACAUGACCACCAAGCCACGCCCACCAAAUAAGCCACGUCCACAAAACCAAUAGUAAAAAAUUUUGGAACCCACCCCUGGCUCACACCAUCAAUAAUAGUAUUCUGCUGAAAUGACAUAUAUUUAGAGUUGGAGUAUGAUGCUAUUCUUCAGUGAUCCUAUUCCAUAUUGCAGACUUGGCAUGAGAAUGUGACUUCAGCAAACUUCUACUAAGCUAUGGUGUCCCAAACAUAUCAAUUUUGCCAAUUUUGUUUAAUUUCUAUAUUAAUCCAUUGAGUGAAUUAAUCAUUGGCUUUGGGAUUAAAAACUGCCUAUAUCCUAAUGAUGCUUAGCCCUUUUUUUUCCUGGCAUCGUAUGUUCACCUAGCGCUUGCAUGGCCUGGUACCAGGCUGUGGCCCAGUGGUUGGGGGACAUGCCAUUUUCUGAAUUUGAUCCAGUGUCUCCCAAAUAUGGUACUCUAAACUAGGCCUAAUGCUCAUGAUGGAGUCUAACCAACACAAAUCAUCAUUGAUUUGGAAACUAUUUGAACUGAUAUAGCCUAAAAUUGCAUUUGCCUUUUUUGUAGUGUGCCCCUGACAAUUCCUACUUAGUUUGUAAUUCACUACUUUUCUAAAAUCUUUAUUAAAGGGGAGUGACUAUAUUGAACACAUGGUAAUGCUUCAGAAACAAUAGUUGUGAAUGGAUAAAAGGCCAGUUAAACUAACAAACCAGUAAUUGUUAAACAUUUUACUAUGAGCGGGGCUAUGUACAUAAGGAGUAUUUGCUUUUUUCCAUAGGUUUGCUUAUAAUGUGGCAUUAAUGCAACAGUAGCUAAACAAUGUCAAUGAAUGUCUCAUGAAUAAACUCAGUGUUUCUCAGCCUGAGCAACUUUAAACUGUGUGGACUUCAACUCCCAGAAUUCCCAAGCCAGUAUGCUAAAUUCCAUACAUCUCAGAUUGAGAGAUCCUGCAUUAACUGAUCUGAGGUAAAUCUUAUGCCUGAAUUUGUCAACACUGAAAAUCUUGUCAAGCACAAGGUUGCUGUAAGGCACUGUGAGACUGGCAAUUGGAUUACCAAGCACAGCGAGUUGGAAAUCUGGUGUUGGGCUUUGGUCCUUUCUGAGGAGAGAGGAAGAUCUGUUCCUGCCGAAUGAAAGCCGAAUGAGGCAGUCUUGCCAGUGGCAGAAAUACAUGAAGGAUAGGAGGGAAGCAGAAAGAAGGCCCAAGGACAAGAAAUAGGCAUAAACCUUUAAGAGAAGAUACAGAAAGUUUAUUAAUGAAAGAGUUACAGUUUGAAUAACAGUGUCCCAUAAUCCAUGCCCCAAGAGAGAUGAGGGGAAUGGGGGGAGACGACAUGUCAACAUCUUUCAUUGGAAUGAUCAUCUAAAGGGGCUUCUGGGUCCAUUUUCAAAAUCCAUUCAGCUUUAUCUUUGUGACGUUACAGGAUUUUUUUUAACAAGUAGAAUUAAACAGAUCCCAGGAAACAUUAAGAGCAUUGUUUCCGUUACCCUACCCAAUAGUUGGAGGUGAUUUUGAUUAUUUUUUUUUAAUUAUGAGAAUGAGUUGAGCUCAACUAUCACUUUACCUCGUUUUAAACCUACCAUUUUUGAGAUCCAUUUAAGUUUUCAAAAUACAAGCUGUUAAUUAACUAAAGCAGUUGAUGAAUCUCUUGUAAUCCCAUUUCACACUUGGCAUGGGUACAGCAUCUAUAACUAAAUUGCUGAUGUGAGGUUACCACAGGUCUCAAAUUAUAGUAAUUCCUUUAUCAACUGUUCUAAGUUACAAUGGCACUGAAAAAAAAUGACUUGCAUGCAGUCCUCACACUUAUGAUCAUUGCAGGAUCAUUGUCACAGGAUUAAAAUUUGGAUGCAAUUCACUUAAGAACCAUCUUGCUUAGCAAUGGAAGUUCUGAUCUCAAUUGUGGUCAUAAAUUGAGGAUUACCUGUAUUCAGGCACACUUGACAAAUAUCAUUAUUCCACAAUUAUAUUUUUUUUAUUUUUCACAGCAACAUACACUUGUAAUCUAAGGAUUGAGUAGAGAAACAAGAUUGGAGUAAAUGAAGUUGGAUCUUCUGAAAAUGAAAGAAGCUGCUUUAAUUUAUCUUGACAGGAGUGGUGGUCUUCAGAAAUUUGUUAAUGACUGCAAAUUAUAUUGUAAUGAAUCUAGCCAAGCUUGUGCUGUUUUCCGGUUUCUAAUAUUGGUAAACCCAUCUGAUAUUACUGAGUUGGAUGCUACCCUUGGAAAUUAUAUUUUGCAUCAACCUGUGAAGGGUACUCAGAUUUUUCAGUCAGUGUGUUUUACUGCAGUUAAAACAUUGUCAUUAAUUCAACAAAUAGAGACUGAAGCUCAGAUGAACAUAGUUCUGAAACUAACACACUUACCUUCCUUACCCUGUUACGUUCUCAGUCUUUGCAAAUUUCCAUUUGAUUAUAAUACUCGGAGGUUUUAUGUAGCAGAGGGAAUAGUGAUUGCUAUGAGUAUCAUAACGAAGUAUACACAGGGAGCAAAAUUUGUUUGUUCUGAAGAUACAUGUCAAUUUUCUGAAGGGUUUCAGUAUAUAAGAGUACAUACUGCUGGAGCUACAGAAUCUGCAACACUAAGAAAUGAUUUUGUAUGCAGCUUAUGUAUGUCACCACUGAAAGAAGACAAGAAAUAUAGAGUACUUGGUGAUAAACAAAUGAUUGAAAUGAUUGACUCUAAAGCAGUUAGUGUAUUUCAGGGAUUUUCUGGAAGUAAAACACAUUUCAGAUUUCAAUCAUUUACAGUGUUUCUAAGAGAUGAAUUAUCCAAUGAAAUGAAAAUGGGAAAUCAAUAUAAAGUUAUAGGAAUUCCUAUCUGUAUGCAAAACUGCUUACAAGCCACAAUUUGUCUUGAAGCUAACAGCAUAUAUCCUUCUAAUUCUACAGGGCCUUCUUGUAUCAGUGAAAAAUUUAAGUACCUGCUUUCUUUGACUUCAAAUUCAUGUUGGAAAUUUACAGCACUUCUGGUCGAUAGCUUUGCUUCAAACAUCCUUCCAUCUGGCAUUUAUAAUAUUCUGAAAUUGUCCAUAAUGUUGAGCUUAGUACAGACAAUUGAUGGAGAUGAUAAAACAGCAGACUACUUAGAUCUUCUGGUAAUAACAAAUGAUUCUCUUAUACUGGAGAGAAUUAUGAAUUAUAGUAUAUGUCUUGUGCCUCGAGGCAUUCGGCACUUUCCAUCUGGUGAAGUUUUUCCAACUGUAUCAAAAGAUAAACAUGGGACUGGAAGUGCUAUUAUUCAGGCUGGUACUGCUUUAAUGGCUAAAAAUGGAAUAUGCUUCAUUGGAGAGCUGACUUCAUAUAAGAAAGAGAAACUUGAACAACUACAAGCAGUACUAGAGAGCAGGACAAUUACUAAAUUCAUUCCAGGAAAGAAAUAUGGAGAAACUAGUGAUCAGCAAAUUGCUUUUCCAAUUCAAACAAGUUUCUGGUCAUUUAUUCAUGUGGAUUCAUCUUUAAAAAAGCAUAUACAACUGGAUAAUACUGUAAUUGGCCAGUUGGACUUAAGCUUGAUUUCAGCUACUCUUAUAGAUGCAUUUGGACUUUUGAUAUACUGCAAUGAAGCAUCAUGUUGUCAGUCUCCAUUUCCUGUUACGAAUUUCAUUUUUAAAAAAUCUAUUAAUUCAGAAGAGAUUUAUACCCAACAGUUGCAAACCCAAGAUUAUGAGGAAUUUCUUGCUUUUUCAAAGAAUUUGCAUGUAGAAUUAUGUCCAGAAUCAGAAAGAUUAAUUCAUGGCUACUAUCUAGCAAGUCGAAGAGUCAGAACACAGCUCAUGAAUGGACCUAAUCUCUCAGCAACUUCACUAAAAAUCUUGAUAUUUAACUCUAGCAAUUUUUCAAACAACGACUUUAUAAUUUGCUUUUGCAAAUUUAUACUCAAAAACAAAUUCCUAGACAUUUUUAAAAUGUUAAUUAAUUUAAAGAUUAAUUUUCUUUACACAGGUGCUUCUGUAUUUUGUGUGGCUCCUAAUGCACUUUUUCCAUUUGAACUCAAUUCCGAGAACUCCCUGAAUCAAAGGGAUAUUUACUUGAUGGAGUACCACCAACAAUUGAAACAGUUUGUUGCUACAUAUGGGCCUGUGACACAUGUUCUCAGCAGUGAGAUUUAACAAUACACAAUACUGAAUCCAAUUCUCAGGAAAAUUAAUUCAUUCAUCUAGCCUAUCUUUGCCCUUCCAAGUUAUGUUAUAGAAUACAUUAAUGCUGUAAUAACUCAAUUAAUGCUGUAAUGCAGGGAUGUCAAACUCGAUUUCAUUGAGGGCCGCAUCAGGGUUGUGUUUGACUUCAGGGGGCCAGUGAGCGUGGCCAGGGUGGGCAUUGUCAGCUCGACAUCACUUGCGUCGGGGGCACCUAUGGUGGCCCAAGCGCUUUGCCAGAGAAACUAGUCUCUCCUCCUGCAACCCUCUGCCAUCGUGUGGCCCUCCUGACCACCGUUUUCGCUGGCAGAGGCACUGCGGGCCUGUUCUUCACUGUUUCCAGGGUGGCACUGCAGGCCAGAUCUAAGCACCCAUGGACUGGAUCCGGCCCCUGGGCCUUGAGUUUGACACCCCUGCUGUAAUGUUGCAAAUUUAACCUUUUAAAAAAAAAGUCUUGUAUUUCAGCUAAAGCUAACAUUCUAUUCUUGCUGAACAGUAGUAGUUUUUUUCCCUAUAUCUUAUUUGGAUUUUUCUUAUUUUGAAUGUUAUAACAAGCAUAGGAAAAUAG